AUGUCCCUCUUCGGCAGCGUUGCCGGCGCGGCCUCCACGUCCGCAGGCCAGACCAACACUACGGGCGACAUCUCCAAGGACGUCGCGCUCAACCAACCCCCAGAGGAUGGCAUCUCAGAUCUCCGUUUCUCGCCCGCUAGUGAGCAUCUGGCUGUCGCGUCGUGGGACAAGAAGGUCCGCAUCUACGAGAUCAACGAGCAGGGUCAGAGUGAAGGGAAGGCGCUCUUCGAACAUGAAGGCCCUGUGCUGAGCUGCUGCUGGUCUCCGGACGGAUCCAAGGUUGUCGGUGCUGGUGCCGACAAAGCUGCUCGCCUGCUGGACCUCGGAUCAGGCGGCUCGGCUGCCACGCAGGUUGCUGCACACGACGCCCCGAUCCGAAGCUGCCAUAUGAUCCCCAAUCCCUCCGUGGGUGGCUCCCCGCUCCUCAUCACGGGCUCGUGGGACAAGACCGUCAAGUACUGGGACCUGCGGCAACAGAACCCAAUCGCGUCGAUCGAGUGCCAGGAGCGUGUGUACUCAAUGGACGUGAAGAACAAGCUCCUGGUCAUCGGCACUGCGGACCGCUACAUCAACGUCGUGAACCUCGACACCCCGACCAAAUUUUACAAGACCAUGCAAUCCCCCCUCAAGUGGCAGACGCGGGUAGUCAGCUGCUUCGCCGACGCCUCGGGCUUUGCCGUCGGCAGUAUCGAAGGCCGCUGCGCCAUCCAGUACGUCGAGGACAAGGACUCCGCUUCCAACUUCUCCUUCAAGUGCCACCGCGAAACUCCCCCAGCCAACCGCGACAUCUGCAACAUCUACUCCGUCAACUCUAUCUGCUUCCAUCCCGUCCACGGCACCUUCAGCACUGCCGGUAGCGACGGCACUUUCCACUUCUGGGACAAGGACGCCAAGCACCGCCUGAAGGGCUAUCCAGCCGUCGGCGGACCCAUCUCUAGCACCGCCUUCAACCGCAACGGAAACAUCUUCGCCUACGCUGUCAGCUACGACUGGAGCAAGGGCUACUCUGCCAACACCCAGCAGUCCCCCAACAAGGUCAUGCUACACCCCGUGGGGCCUGAUGAGUGCAAGCCCCGACCUGGUCCUCGCAAGCGAUGA